GGAGCAAAAGUUCAAGGUUAGGGUUUUUGCUUCAUAUAGACGAGGUGUGGCUUUGUCCAGUCGUCGCCAAUUGCUGCUUGCUGCGUCUUCUACAUCUGCACUUGAAAAAGCUUUAAAAAAUCUCCAAAGAUGCAGAACGAAGAAGGUCAAAUCACUGAGCUUUACAUUCCAAGGAAAUGUUCAGCGACGAACAGGUUGAUCACUUCAAAGGAUCAUGCUUCCGUGCAGCUCAACAUUGGUCAUCUAGAUGCUGAUGGAAUCUACACCGGCCAGUUCACUACCUUUGCUCUCUGCGGUUUUGUCCGUGCUCAGGGUGAUGCUGACAGUGGAGUCGACAGGCUCUGGCAGAAGAAGAAGGUUGAAACUAAGCAGCAGUAAGAGCAAUAAAAGCUUGUUUUCUAGAUUUUUCAAAACUUUGUUGUUUAUCCGGAUGUGAACUUAUGUUUUCUUUUUCUUCUCCCGCAAUGAUAAUAUUGGUUUGAAAUACUGAGAUGGUUGGUUCUUAUUUUCCCGGGAAUUAUUAGCUCUAUCUUGUG